AUUGAGAAGCAAAAAGGAGAGCAUUGUUUGCUAGAAGCGUCUUUUACCUUAAAAUCAAAGAACUACAGACCCACUGAAUUAAAAGAAAGAAAGAAAGAAACCUCUUAACAGUCUGUUCAAUCUGUAAUAAGUGUUUCAUUACCAGCAGUUGUCUGACUUGUGACCCAACGUGCUUUAAAAUCACUGAUGUAUUUUUUAGAGAGUCUUGUGCUGCAGGUGGGUUUGCUAUGAGUCAUGGUAUAUUCCUAGGGACAUUUUUCCACAGUUAAUUUUUUUUUUUCAGUCAGCACCGGUGGGCACUUUGAUGUGCAAAUUUUUAUGCAGGUACAAUAGAGUGCGUGUCUAAUGGAUCCUAUUGGGGCCUUUGCUGAGUCGAGGGAAGGACUACAGCUGUCUCUGACUGCCAGGUCGCACCCAACCAUGGAGUCGAUGUUGAACAAGCUAAAAAGCACCGUCACUAAAGUGACAGCAGAUGUCACCAGCGCCGUCAUGGGCAACCCAGUGACGAGGGAGUUUGAGGUCGGGCGACAUAUUGCGAGUGGAGGUCCUGGGCUGUGCUGGAGGAUUUACAAUGGCAGUAAAAAGUCCACCAAACAGGAGGUGGCAGUGUUUGUGUUUGAUAAGAAGAUGAUUGACAAGUACCAGAAGUUUGAGAAGGACCAAAUCGUCGAUUCAUUGAAAAAGGGAGUGCAACAAUUGACCAGACUGCGUCACCCUCGUCUCUUGACCGUGCAGCAUCCUCUGGAAGAGUCUCGAGACUGCUUGGCAUUCUGCACAGAGCCAGUGUUUGCUAGUCUGUCCAAUGUGUUGGGCCAGUGGGACAAUCUGCCCAGCCCCGUGCCCAACGACAUCAAGGAGUACAAACUCUAUGAUGUGGAGACCAAAUAUGGCUUGUUACAGAUGUCGGAGGGUUUGUCGUUUCUCCACGGCGGGGUGAAAAUGGUCCACGGCAACUUGUGUCCAGAGAAUAUCAUCCUCAACAAAAGUGGAGCCUGGAAGAUCAUGGGCUUUGACUUCAGCAUCUCUUCUAACAACCCUUCAGACCCUGAGCCCAAGUACACAUGUAAAGAAUGGGAGCCCAACCUUCCUCCUCUGUGUCUCCCUAACCCCGAGUACCUGGCCCCUGAGUACAUACUAUCCGUCAGCUGUGACUCUGCCUCGGACAUGUACUCUCUCGGUGUGGUCGUACAUGCUGUAUUCAAUGAAGGCAAACCUGUUUUCCAAGUCAACAAACAUGAUAUUUUUAAGAGUUUCAGCCGGCAGCUGGACCARCUGAGCAACAUCAGCCCAGCUCUGCUCAACAAAGUCCCAGAAGAAGUGCGGGAGCACGUCAAGAUGCUUCUCAGCGUCUCUCCAAAUGUCCGACCCGAUGCCGACCAAAUGACAAAGAUUCCCUUUUUCGAUGACGUGGGCGCAGUCACCCUGCAGUACUUYGACACCCUUUUCCAAAGGGACAACUUACAGAAAUCCCAGUUCUACAAAGGUCUUCCUAAAGUGCUGCCCAAGCUACCAAAGAGAGUUGUGGUGUAUCGCAUCUUGCCGGCGUUGACUUCUGAGUUCGUCAACCCAGACAUGGUUCCCUUCGUCUUACCCAACGUGCUGCUGAUUGCCGAGGAGUGCACCAAGGAGGAGUACGUUCGCCUCGUCUUGCCUGACCUCACGCCUGUUUUCAAACAGCAGGAGCCGAUCCAGGCUAGUAAUAUGAUCCUGCUGAUAUUUCUGCAAAAGAUGGACCUCCUCUUGACGAAGACUCCUGCAGAGGACAUCAAGAACAGCGUGCUUCCCAUGGUCUACAGAGCCCUCGAGGCUCCCUCAGUGCAGAUCCAGGAGCUGUGCCUGAACAUCAUCCCAACGUUUGCCAACCUGAUCGACUACCCGUCCAUGAAGAAUUCCCUCAUCCCCCGAAUCAAAUCAGCCUGCCUACAGACCUCCUCGCUUGCUGUGCGAGUGAACUCUCUAGUGUGUCUGGGAAAGAUUUUGGAAUAUCUAGAUAAGUGGUUUGUUAUCGACGAGAUCCUWCCUUUCCUUCAGCAGAUCCCUUCUAGAGAACCAGCAGUACUUAUGGGAAUUUUAGGGAUCUAUAAGUGCACUUUUAGCCACAAGAAGCUUGGGAUCCCCAAAGAGCAUCUUGCCACCAAGGUCUUACCCCACCUCGUGUCUCUUAGCAUAGACAACAACCUCAACCUUAAUCAGUUUAACUCUUUCAUGCUGGUUAUCCGUGACAUGCUGAGCCGCAUGGAGGCUGAGCACAAAACCAAGCUGGAACAGCUCCACAUCAUGCAGGAGCAGCAGAGGAGUCUAAACAUCUCAAAUCCAUCGAGCCAAUCCGAUGAGACAAAGAGCCCACCCAGCUCUGGAAACCAGAUUGAUGACAUAUUUGGCAGCACGAGUGUAAAUGGAAAAGAAAAUGGAUCUGCUCCACCAACCUCCCAGCCUAACAGAAUGUCUCUGACUCUGGAGGAGAAACAAAGAUUGGCUAAAGAGCAGGAACAGGCGGCCAAACUGAGGAGCCAGCAGCCGUUGGCACCGCAGAGCAUCAAACCUGCAAGCACCAGCAGCUCACAGACGAAGGACUUGACCAGCAGUCUUCUCAACAACAUGACAUCUUUGAAUAGUCUGUCUUUGGCCAACUCGGCACGAUCGCCCCCAGUGCAGGGCGCCACCAUGUCUGCCUUCCCCACCUCUAACCCCAUGGUUGGUUCCAUGGGCGCUCCGGUUUCUAAUGGUUUCAACCCACCAAUGGGCUUCCAGACAGGAGGCAUGGGGAUGGGACCARCAGCUCCCGGUUUCUACGGUGGGAUGGCCUCCACCACCAGCGCCCCGAACUUCGGAGCCCUCACGCAGACUCAAGCACCAACGGGACCGACUAGUAAAGCCCCGGACAUGUCAGCCCUGGACAGUCUGUUUACAGCCAGCAAACCCAAAGUCGCUCUCAACCAAAUGGGUCCAAAACCCACCCCUGGAGCCAACACRCCUUGGAUCAGUCAGUUCACCCCUGCCCAGAACGCUCAGACUCAAAUGCCGGGCAUGGCGGCGGGAAUGGGAGGGAUGUCCGGUGGGUUUGGGAUGCAGGCGAACCCCUUUUUCAGCCCGCAGAACUUCUCUCAAGCAGCUGCCGCCCCGACAGUGAACCCAAGCGGAGUCAAACAAAGUGCGUCUGUGAACAAUGAUCUCAAGGACUUAUUUGGCUAAAGAGAACAUCAGGUGUGAGAUUUUAAUAACUGUGAAACACGAUAGCUUUGAAUUCUCACAGAACAAGACACUUGAUGAUUGRAGUACUUUUAAGGGUCGUAUUGUUUGUACUUUUAUGCUCACUUGGAUUUAAAGUCUGACUUGUGCUCACAUUCUGCUGGAAAAUGAACCUGCACCUGAUUUCCAUUUCUAUUAGAUCAGAAGAAACAGUUGGGAUUUGUUGAAAUCCUUGGGGUUGGGAGGUUUUCCUACUGUUUUGUACUUGACAUUUUUGGGGCAUCAGAGUGUUGGGUUAAGAUUUAAUUCGGUUUAUUUUGAAAGGUUUGUGUCUGUUUUGAGUUGUUUURUUGUUUUUGUCAGUCGUAUCGUAAAAGAUUUUCAGGCUUUUGUGCUUUUCACCGCUUCUCCGGAACAUUUUGCUGCACGUCUGAAGUGAUCAGAAUGCUUGGCUACAGAACAAAGACAUCAUCCAUCAAAGUGUCUGAGUCCAGGGGGAGGUAUACUGCAGCCACUGAUCUGCAUCCAGGAGGUUCUUUUGUGGAAACAAAUCAAAUGCGAGUGUAGAAAAUUAGCUGUUUAAAUAGGACCCAAAAAAAUAGAGCCUCUUUUGUAGUGCAUCUUCACGGUAACCCAUCCUGUGCAACCUAGUUAUGUUGUUUGGUAGCUCGGAAAAGAAUUUGGGAGUAAAAUUUGUAUCUGCAUCCUGUCAUGGAGGCAGUAACGAGCAAGCCCACUGCUUUUGUGAUUGUGCCUUACAGGGGUACACGUGUAAAGCUAAACUGCACUCAUUUUUUAAAUCAUUUUCUUACCUCAUCUGCAAAAAUAUAUAUAUUUUUUUGUGUCUAGCGACCAAUCACAUUAGAUUUCUUUUGAGGAGAUGCUGAGGACCUCGGGGGUCCUCCAUUUGUUGAUCAGUUUUAUGAAAUAAAGACUAUAUUUCUACUCUGGCACUUUUCAGCUCUCCGAGGACCCCGUGCUGGUGUCGUACAUUCGUAUAAAGUGUAAAUAUGCAGUUAUUUAAAAAUUAUUAGCUCUGUGAGGGCCUUGGCAUUCUAUUGUUUUUGUGAUUCUGGUUAAGAGGCCUUAGAUGAGUCCAGUGCAAUAAUCCUUUUGUUUGUUUUGGUUGAAGACACAGAACACAUGGCUGAAAAAGCGCCUAAUGUAUCCUUAAUCAACUCUUCUGCCCUUCAGAUUUUAACAGCUAAACAGCAACUCAUUCCAGAUUUUAGAGAAUCAUAUCUUUUUUUGUUUUGGUUUGAUGCACCUUGCUCUCACUGUUACCGUUUUAUUUAAUCGUGUUAAAUCUAUUCCACCAAAACAGGGUUUAUUACAUGUUUUAAACCUGUCGGAUUCUGUUUUUCCCCCUGUACAUGUGUGUGAGUGGAUGUUUUUACACUCGUCUGUCUGGAUUUCACCACUUACUGAAUAUAGUGGUCAAAGUGUUGCAUAUUGUAGCAGAGCCCCAAAGCAGAUCUAUAAAGUUGAUUGUUUUUACAGAAAUCAUUUGUAAACUAAUGUCUAAUGUGUUAAGUGUGAGCUUUCUUUGGUGUGUUACUGAGUUGGUUCAGUGGAGACCUGUACAUACAUAUAAAAAAAAAGAAAUACACAAUCUAAUAUUCUUAA